UGUUUGUAAACAUAUCGCGUCCGUUUUGCACCGCCUGGUGCGUAUUAAAACAAGACACAAUCAGUUGAAUAAUUUGGAAGCUUAAGCCACAUGAGCAUAAAAAAUGAGUGCUACCGACGGAUCACAGUGUUCACAGACUCCAGAAUAUCAUGUUCUGGAAUUGUUUAGUGGAAUUGGAGGCAUGCAUUAUGCUAUUGAACGCUCUGGCAAACCAUACAAGGUGGUAUCAGCAAUCGAUAUCAAUCCGGUGGCCAAUACGAUUUACAACCAUAACUUUGGUGAAAACAAAGCCUCAAAUAGCAACAUCCUCAGCCUAACGCCGGACCGCAUUCAGAAGCUUGGUGUGAACGUUAUUCUCAUGUCACCGCCGUGCCAACCAUUCACUCGCAAUGGAAACUUCAAAGACGUCGACGACCGAAGAGCGGAUCCGUUUGUGCAUUUGUGUGAUUUGCUCGACAAGAUUCCCACAGUGCAGUUCAUCCUGCUGGAGAAUGUGAAAGGGUUUGAGCGGUCUCAGGCAUGUGAACUGUACAAAACGAGACUAGCUGCUGCCGGAUUCCAAUUCAAGGAAUACAUUCUCUCACCUCACGAUUUUGGCGUGCCCAAUACUCGUCAUCGGUAUUACUGUGUGGCUAAGCGAACGGCAUUUAGCAAUCCUUCGGCUGAGAUUGUUCUCAAGCCUUCCUCGCGUCAUGUGGCUCCCGGGAAACGCAUCAGUGACAUCGUUGAACCCGAGUCGGAGAAAUUGAGUCGCUACCUUCUGAAAGACGAUUUACUUCGGAAAAGGCUCGCCAUUAUGGAUGUUUGCACGCCAGACUCAACGAAUUCGAUGUGCUUUACAAAAGCAUACACCCACUAUGCGGAAGGAACGGGUUCAGUGUACAGCCCCCUGACGAGAUCGGAGUUUGACGAGAUCUACAGACAAAUUGAGUGCACUGAAGAUGAUGGCGAGCGGAUGAAGCUGCUGAAGAGUCUGAAAGUACGAUACUUCACUCCAACUGAGGUUGCCAGAUUGAUGUGCUUCCCGGAGGAUUUUGAGUUUCCCAAGCAGACCACCGAUAAACAAUGCUACCGAGUGCUGGGAAACAGUAUCAAUGUUCUGGUUGUGAGUUCGUUGUUUGAUGAGAUGGACUGAAGAUGAUGAAAAGUUAAAUAAUACCUAUUUAAAUAAAAGAAAUGUGAUUUGUUUAUCAAAAUUUCCUUUGUG